UUUAAAUUUAGAAUUAGCUUUUGACAUUUGUAACCGUUGCGUGUUUUGCUUUUAAUUUUGGUGCUUCAUAACAACUAAUAUUUCUAUUUUUAAUUGAUUUAUAUUGUAAAAUGUAUUAGAAUCUCACUUACUACUAAAUAAGUAACUGAAUAAGAAUUAUCAAGAAAUUGAAUAGUUAAGAAAUGGGAAGUAAUACGAGUAAAACUAGCCCCGAGCCAGCUGCUCCUUCACAAAAAAACGAUUCAGACAAGGACAAUCCAGAUCCUCGAUCUCCAACGCCUGAAAUAACUCGGACUCCUUUACAGGGCAAAAAUGGCGGGAAGCACAAUAUAACAAAAAAUGUCGACUUACGAAAAACUUUUGAAAGUGGCAAAACCGAUGAGAAACUUAUCCAUAACAACCCUAUUCUAUCAGCUGUUAUUAAAAACCACCUUCAAUCCUACGAUCCCCGUUCACCAUCUCAGGACUUUGAAAGAACACCAAUUAUAAUAGCUUCAAAAACUGACAAUGAUCCUGAUAAAAAGUUAUUGAAACUCCAAAGUGAAAACUAUGGCAGUCCAUGUCUCAGCAAUGAAACUAUUAAACUUGAUGAAACUUCUUUUGACACUAAUGAAAUCAGUCCUGAUUUAGUUGUGCCUAAGAAUUUAUGUAAUGGCUUUUAUGACUUAACAUUAAAUGACUCCUUGAAAGAAGAUGAGGAACCUUUAGGUUCUUCUACUACGUCAAAUGAAAAUAUUGAAAGUAAUAUGUCUAAAGAACACAAUGAAGCAGCAAAGUUAUUGGAAACCAAUUUUGAAUUUGUUGAAACAGAGAACAAUAGCAUUGAAGAUAGACAGUGUGGAGAAACUCAUAAUAAUGUUAAAAAUAUGGAUGUUGAUCUAAAACAUGUCCCUCUAUUUAAAAUUCUAAAUGAGGAUCCAAGGUCUCCCUCCACAGGCAUUGAAAGGACACCAAUUGUAGUAUCUAAAAUUGAUGUCAACACUAGUGAGGAAAAUGUUGAAAAUAUGUCAGAUGAUUCAUUAAUUAAAGCACUACAGAAUAAUGGACAAGAUAUCAGUCCUGAAAGCAUUCCAGUCUAUGAAGAUGAAUCCAAAGCACAUAUUGACACACCAAAGAAAGUUAAAGCAACUAGUGACAGUGGCUCCAGAACACCAUUGUCUUGCAUGAAAAAUAGGUCAGACGCUAGCCACACUAGAUCGAAAUCAACUAACAUGCUUUAUGACCCUAAAAAGGAAAAGAUUCAGAAAAGAGUAUCACACAUUCCAAGAUUGAAAUCUUUGUCGAAGCAACCAAAAUAUAUUACCAAUGGGAGCACUGUGUCUUUAAAAAACCUUUCUAAAGCUGCUAUCAGUGGUGACUGCGAGAACACACCACCUCAUUCACAUCGUGACAUAUGGGAUAAGGAAAGCAGUAUUGUCCUGUAAAGACAUCUUAUUAUAACACUUGACAUAUUUGAGGUAAAUCAAUUGGAUUUAUCCCCAGAGACCAGCUGAGUGCAUCUUGACACUAAAUUAUGCAUAUAUAAUUUCAUGACUUUAUUUUAUUAAAAAUGACAUACUCUAAUUAAAAAUAUGUUUUCUAUAAUUUUUGUUCUAGUAAUAACUAAUAAUUGUGUCACAAUAAAUAAUGCCACAAA